AUGUCUCCCACGAGGUCGAAGCGCUCCGUUGCCAACGACCCGCAAGCAACACCCACCCCGUCUCGACCUAUAUCGCCCGCGGAUGACUUGAACGCAGACGAGCGGAGAAUGGUGGACAACGUAUUGACGGGCCCGCAGCCACGUUCGCGUACGUCCUACGCUCUGUCGACUGUGGCACCGUCAGCCUUGGAACCCGAGGUACAGAACUCGCACUUCCACGAUAUGGAGCUUUGCCAGUUGCUGCAUGCGCUAGACCAGCCUAUGGGUGAACCUGUCAAGAAGGCUGUCAGGAAGGCUGUCCGAGCAAGGGUCAAGAAGCUUGGUAUGAAGAACGACAACGAGUCGAUAAGGCAGUAUCGCAAGUCCUAUCACGACCACGACCCUAGCGUGCAUCUUGCCGCUGCUCUGCAACUUCAGCCUACGUCGAAGCGUUCCACGCAGAUCGGCACCUCCGCCGAGCCACCCGAAUGGGCUAAGGAUCUCAUCGACGGCAUGAUAAACAUGCGCGAACGCCUCGAUACCCUAGCACCCAAGAUUGAGCGGAGUUUGCGAUCUUCGCGAGGCGAAUCAUACGUCACCGACGGACGAGGCUAUCCUGCUUAUGGUUCGCAAGCAGGUGGAUACAACCAGAGCCCGAUGACUCAGACGGUGAACAUGGCGACGACGAUGGGCGAUGAGUCCAUGUAUCAGCCUGUGGACACCGAGCUGCGCACCUCGACCAACCUGCACACACUACCCGGGUCUAUGCAUCAUCACGACGGAUCCCUGCAUGAUGCCAUCCCAGAGGAGGACGUCUAUGACGACGAGGAUGAUCUGCAUGGCCAUCUGGCGCCGACCGACGAUCAGACUCGUGGCAUGGGCAGUGAAUAUAUGCCGAACGACCGUACCGAUUCUCCGGGCCAGCAGUACCUCGAGGAGCAGUUCUAUAGGCUGCGCGAGCGACCGACAGGCAGCCAGUCAGUGGCCACGCACAAGACAUGGGAGGUUGCACGAGAGGACGGCGAUGACUAUGAUGAUGGCGACGCGCAGGCAGCUGUCACAGAGUCCGGCCUGCCUGAAAUACCUGACGGGAACACGGGAGGCUACACCGACCGCCGCGGGUCUCCUCCGCUCCCACCCAUUCCUCAGGACGGCAGCAACAUGCCCGACCAUCAACUCUGGCAGCCAGGAGACUACGCGGGUGAGCGUAACUCGCCACCGCCAUGGCAGCGAGUCCACCAGCGCCUGCUGAGCUGGGCGAUCGUCUGGCGGACGUCUGAGCUGGACAACGCCGUAAACAGCACGAUGCGCGGGAUGCAGGUAGACGAGGUUGCGCUGAGCAUCUGGUCGACGCAGACGUACAAACGCUAUGUGAGGGCCAAGAUGACGGACAGUCCUCCGGGGCGGGUCGACCGCCUCUUCGUUCCGCCCAACAUGGCCGAUGCUAUAAGCGCCGCGGUCUAUAAUGGACGACAUGGCGAUGCGUGUGCCAUGCUCAGGGAUCUGUGGGCCCCCUUCGGGCUCGAGGGGAUCCCACGACUGCUUAUCGUGCUCGCUAAGCAUCGGAAUGAUGAGAGCCAUUGGGUCGUUCAUCGCUUCUCUCUUCCUGACGGUUCUCUCACUACCUACGAUACAUACCCAGAGCGAUGCCUUCCAGACGGCCGCCCCCUAGGGUGGUGGUUCGCCAUUCGCAUCGCUUGGCCGGACGCCAUAUACCCGAGCCCGGACCAUCUCAUGCAGAAGAUGGUUCGCCUUCACCGCCCGAUGCAGCUGGCCAUCGACAACUCCGUGGCGGCCGCCGGCAUCUGGCGCAACCUGCUCAUGGGUUCGCGUGCCGAGCGCAGUCUCGAUCUCGAGCGCCUACGCGAUCUCAUCAACACCGAGGUGAAGAACCUCAGGCAGCGCAAAGAGAAGGGCAAGCUGUCCAUCGGUCAGGCGCGGCCGAACUGGGAGGACAUGCACUGA